ACGGGGGCGCUUUCCCCCAUGCUGUUCUCGUGAUAGUGAGGGAGUGCUCACGAGAUUUGCUGGUUUUAUAAGGGGGGCUCUUCCCGCUUUGUUCUCUCUUACCUGCCACCAUGUGAGACGCACCAGCUUCCCCUUCCACUGUGACUGCGGGUUUCCUGCGGCCUCCCCAGCCAUGUGGAACCGUGAGUCAUUGAAUCUCCUUUCUUUAUAAAUUACCCAGUCUUGGGUAUUUCUUUAUUGCAGUGUGGGAACGGACUAAUACAGAGGCCAUAUAUACAAAAUUUGGAUGUGCUUUCCUAUUUAACAAGUAACUGUGAGGUUCAGAGCAAGAGAAAUGCUGGCCUGCUGACUAGGCUGCCAGACAAGGCUUUCUUCCACUUAGCCCUAUGACGUGGCAAACCCACGGCAAUCUGAGUGUCUGCGGAAUGUAAGAAUGUUAUAUGGAGGGCCAGGCACAUGGUGGCUCACACCUGUAGUCCCAGCACUUGGGGAGGCUGAGGCAGGUUGAUCACUUGAGUGCAGAGAGUUCAAGACCAGCCUGGGCAAUAUAGUAAGACCCCAUCUCCUAAAAGAAUGUUGUGUGGAGCCUGUGGCAAACCUUGACAGGACAACCACAAUCAUGGUUAUUGAUGAGUAUUAUUGAGUGGCCGUCUCAUCAACAGGUCACCAUUCCCUUUUGAGAAACAGCUGCUGUCUUGCUCAUGGGUGGAGUAGACAGUGUAUUUCACAACAGUUCACUAAGAGAUCAUGAAGCAUAAGCUGUCAGUCAGUACCUGGUGUUACCAAGCCAUAGAGACGGGCCUGUCCAGCAAAACUAUUAUAAACAUGGAGGCAGUACAUGUGAGGUUUGUUAUGGACUGAAUGGUGUUCCCCAAAAAUUCAUAUUUUGAAGGCCUAGCCCCCGUUUGGAGACAGGACCUUUAAGGAAGUGAAGUAACCAUCAAGGUUAGGUGAGGUCAUCAGGGUAGGUCCUGACCCAAUGGGACUGGUGUCCAUAAGAAAAGGUGUGACACCAGACGUGAGCACACACAGGAGAGACCACGUGAGGACCCACGGAGAAGGCGGCUAUCUGCGAGGCAAGGAGAGAGGCCUCAGCAGAAACCAACCACAUAAGCACCUUGGUCUUGGACUUCCAGCCCCUAGGGCCAUGAGAAAUACACUUCCAUUACGACAGCCCCAACGGACUGACACGAGGCUGUCCUCAAGCAUAUCCGAGACACCCCGAAAGUCACAUGAGCAGGAGGCUCGCCCUCCGAAGGCACCCACUCCCUCUGCAAUCCUCCUUCCUCCACCUGCAUUUUUCGUUUUAUGGGGAGUUCCCUAAAACAAGUUGAGAAAUGAAAAAUGGAGCCUGGUGUACAGAUGGUUCUGCAUACUAGGCUGGCGUGGCGGGUGGGACUCGGCAUCACAGCCCUACUCCAGCUGGCCCUGAGGGACGGGGUGGAAAGGAAUUCCAUGCAGCUGGCCAAACUUCAAGCCUCACACCUGAUUAUCCUCUCCUUUACCUGGAGGGCCAGUUGAUGAUCAGGGACUUAGAAGGCACAGGUUUGGAGGAUUGGGGUUGAGGAGGUAUGUGGACCGACAGACCGUGUGGAGGGGGCUCUUGUGCUCCACGUGCGUGCUCCCCAGGGCUGCUCCUGCACCUGCAAGCUCGGUGGUGGUGGUGUGUCGGGGAGGGGGGUGUUCAGGGAGUUCCCAGCUCUGCAGAGGUCGCCAGCUCUGCUGCUCCAUCCCACCCUUUCACAAAGCGCCCAUCGGUGUGGCCGUGGUGGCGUGGAUGGAGAUUAUAUGUGGUCUGAACACCAACAAGUGGGUGCGGGCCUUCCUCUCGCUUUACCCUGAAGUCCCAGCCCAGAAGCACGGGCCGUGGUGAGCUGCGAUCCCAGGCCCCGGCGAAGAGCAGAGAUUGUGCAUCUCAAACCGCAGCAGCCGCUUCAUUUGCUCAAUGCCAGACUCCAAAAAGCAUUUCUCUCGCAACAGGCCAGGGGAGGCAGCGUUCGGGGAUGGGACGCCAAGAGUUAAGGGUGAGGCCGCACGCGUGCAGCUCCCCCGUGCUGCGCAUGGCGCUGGGAUCGGCCUGAGCGCUGGUGAGUCCCUCUCAGGCCGCAGCGCCCGGUGCCAGUCACCUGAGCCGGGCCGGGUCCCAGCUCCCCACACGCGCCCCGCGGCCCCCGGGCUAUUUUCAGCCACGCCGAGCCCUGUUUUAGGAGCCUGCACGGCGGCUCCGCGGAGACCGGGACUGCGUGGGGGAGGAUCGCGGCGGGGGCUGUCACCGAGCAAGGAGCGCGGCCGCGGGGAGCGCCCGGGAGCAGGGGCGGCGGGGCGGGCCGGGUUCGGGGCUCCUGCUCGCGGUGACGGUGACGCGCGCCCCCGCCCGCCGCCUCUGCCAUGGCCGAUCGAGGCCGUCGGACGCCGCCCAGAGUCGCUCGCGGGGAGCCUCGGUGAAUGAGAAGAUGUAGCACAGCGGCAGCCCGGGUGACACCUGCUGGGAGCUUGGCGUGGACACCCCAGCCACCCCCAGCCCAGCCCAGCCAGAGCACCCUGC